AAGUCCUGAAGUAUCUCCCCACUAGGCCACUCUGACCCAGUCGUUUGAGUCUGAAGAAUGUGGUCUGCAUGCUUGCCUCGGCAGCUUUCCCUUCGUGCAUCCUGAGUGGAAGAGGUUGUUAAUUGAGACCGACCUGUCCGGUGACUGCUGUUGUCAGUGGGAGGGUCUGCAGGCACCGCCUGGUCGGUUCGACUAAUAAGGACACGUCUUGGGACAAGUCACACUCAAUGGCAAGUGCUGCUCUCUCCCCUGGUUAUUGCGUUUCAGCACUAUAGCGGCGACUUCGGCGAUCUUACUGCUCAUCUGGUGCGUUUUUUCAUAUAUUGAACAAUUAGCCCAGAAGAAUAUUGACUAUUGCUCACAUGAACUGAAGAAAAAAAUGAAGCACACAACAACCUGGAUUAUCUAUCUUUGGAUGACAGCUGUGAUUCAUUUAAUCAAAGGGAGGCUUGUUAAUGAUCAACCAGAUGCUAUAUGCCCGCCCAUUCAGUCAGACGGACUGCACCCCAGACAGAUGCACAAGCGACAUGCUGAUGCUUUAGGGUUCGAUCUGGUGCAGAGAUUUUCAUUGACACGCUCAUCGGAAAGAAGCAAAAACACACAAGGUUUACAACUUAUCAGAAUGGGAAGGAAAUUGCCAAUCAGACAAACACAGCAGAUCUUUCCAAAUGGGUUACCAGAAGAAUUUUCAUUUAUUGCCAUGUUCCGCCUGAAGAGAGGCAGCAGAAAGGAGAUCUGGCACUUGUUGAAGAUUGCUGAUCGGUCGGGUGAUGUGCAGGUCUCUAUCGUUGUUGAUGGAAGUCGGAAGUCAGUGGAGUACAGUGCUAAAACCCUCUCUGGAAAUGUCAUGCACGUCACGUUCAGGAAGCGAGAACUGUUCCCUCUGUUUGAUAGGCAGUGGCACAAGCUGGCAAUUAACGUGAAAUCUGGGUUGGUGUCACUUUACAAGGACUGUGAAUUGGUCGACAGCAAACGAAGUGAAGAGCUGGAGAACAUUGAUGUUCAGGGGAAGACUGCAAUUGGUCUGCGUGUCAGUGAUGAGAUUCCCAUUGAUUUUGACCUUCAAGGGAUAAUGAUUUACUGCAACCCUCAGUUGGCAGAACUGGAGAACUGCUGUGAAAUUCCGGGUGCCCUGUGCUCAGCGGAGGCUGGUUUCUAUACAGCCAGACUGGCAUCAGAGAACUUCAAGAGGCAGAAAUCCAUUCAAUCAAGCCCAAGAAGUGAGAGUCCGAAGGGAGCAGCUUGGAGUGUUCCCCAGAAAGGAGAUAAAGGUGACUCUGGUCCAGGAGGGGAAAAGGGUGAGAAAGGAGAUCUUGGAGAUGCUGGGCCACAAGGUUUAUCUGGAAGAGAUGGUUUAAAGGGUGACCCUGGUGACACUGGUCCAGCUGGUGCAAAAGGUGAAAAGGGUGAUGUGGGGCCGCCUGGUCUUCCUGGAUUAUACAUUAAGGGAGCAAAGGGAGAAACAGGGACGCACGGGGCUAAUGGCUUUCCAGGAAUGCAUGGAGAAAUGGGUCCUGCAGGACCACAGGGGCUACCAGGACUACCAGGAUUAGAAGGCCAAGUGGGAAAACGAGGUAGACGUGGCCUCUCUGGGAAACCAGGCCCCCCUGGACCGCCUGGUCCCAUUGGACCUGGAAUUCAAGGGUCUUCUAGCAAACUUGGAACUCAGGGUUUGCUUGGAGAAACAGGUCUCAAUGGAAAGUCUGGAAUGCCAGGGUCUCCGGGACUACCUGGAAAAGAUGGCAUUCCGGGUAAACCAGGAUUAAAGGGCGAUCCUGGAGUUUCAGGAAAAGAUGGGCUGCCGGGAAGUCCUGGUGAAAAGGGAGAUCCAGGAGAAAAAGGAGAAGCUGGGCCCCAGGGAGAAACGGGUUCCAGAGGAGAUCCUGGGCCCUCAGGAAAGAAUGCGGCAAAAGGAAUAAAAGGAGAACAUGGACAAGAAGGGCCAAGCGGUGAGAAAGGAUCAAAGGGUGACGUUGGAUUAAUGGGACCCCCUGGCCCACCGGGAUUGGGAGUGGCUUCAGGAUAUGCCCUGCAAAAAUUUGGAAUUCCUGGGUCAAAAGGAGACAAAGGAAUGCAAGGAAACCCUGGAUUAAAGGGAGAAAUGGGAGAAAUUGGGCUACCUGGACGUAAUGGAGAACCAGGAUUGGAGGGUCGACCAGGAUUACCAGGUCUGAUAGGCCCCAAAGGAUUAAAAGGAGAAAUCGGAUUGACAGGAGAACCGGGCGAACAGGGCAGAAAGGGUGACAAGGGAGAUUCUGGGGGUGCGCUUGGACUUCCUGGAGAAAAAGGAGACAAAGGUGACCCAGGACUUCCAGGGACAGGGUUACGUGGAAAGCAGGGGCAAACUGGAUCGCCCGGCACAAGAGGAUCACGAGGACCCAAGGGUGAGCGUGGAUUGCUUGGUCUUCAAGGUCCACAAGGUGAGAAAGGACCACCUGGAAAUGGACGCCCUGGCUCUCCAGGUCCAAAUGGUCCUCCUGGCGAGCCAGGUUUAAAGGGUCCGAGAGGUUUGCCAGGAUCUUUUGGACAUCCAGGAGCAAGCGGCAUUCCUGGUAACAAUGGGAUACCAGGCCCACCUGGUCCACCCGGGGAGCCAUCUGCGCUGCCUCUCAUGGGAGAUAUUGGUGCCUUACUAAAGAAUGCAUGCAGCAGCUGUCUGGCUGGUGGCCAUUCGAGACUACCUGGAAUGAAAGGCGACCGAGGUGUGCCGGGGAUACCUGGGACUGACGGUCUCGAUGGCAGUCAGGGCGAUCCAGGACCAAGAGGCCCGUCUGGAAUUCAGGGAUUGGAUGGGCUGAAGGGAAACAAAGGUGAGCGAGGAUUCCCUGGGCCAAUCGGAGAGAAAGGAGAUGAGGCACCGCCAGGUUCACCGGGCUUCCCUGGACCCAAAGGAGCUGAGGGACCUAUGGGUUCAAAAGGAAAACCAGGACAUACGGGGCCAUUUGGACCCAAGGGAGAAAAGGGCAGCAAAGGGGCAGCAGGAAUCACAGGGCCACCUGGACCACCUGGAAUUCUGAGCACAGCUACCUAUGAAGGAAAUGGAAUGAGCAGUAUAUAUAAGAAACAGGAUGUUCCAGGAUUACCAGGUCCUCCAGGUCCACCUGGGUUAAAAGGAGAUCCCGGAUCAAAGGGAGAGAUGGGUCCGAUGGGUUUGCCAGGCCUGGAAGGAUCACCAGGAGAAAAGGGUGAUACAGGAAUGCCUGGGCCACCUGGUCUCCAAGGACCGAUCGGUUCACAGGGAAAACCUGGUUCUCCAGGUCCACCAGGACCACAUGGUUUAACAGGCGAUCCCGGAGAUAAAGGCGAGAGAGGACCAUUGGGAGAAACUGGCUUUCCUGGACCGAAAGGACCGCCUGGAGCCCUCGGCAAAACUGGACAACAAGGAUUCCCAGGUGCACAGGGUUUGCCAGGGAACUCGGGAGACCGUGGACCCAAGGGUGAGCGAGGAGAUCCAGGAAUUCUGGGUGACCGAGGUCCUCAGGGUGAAAGAGGAAGGAUGGGUAACACAGGGGCACCGGGAGAGAAAGGAAUAAUGGGGCCUUCGGGCCCCGUUGGGCCACGAGGACGAACAGGAGCUCCAGGACCUCCAGGUCAUCGUGGCCUCUCUGGCAAUUCAGACACCAAAAUUCCAUUUGAAGAAAUAUCAAAAUUUAUAAGACAAGAGAUUCACAGAAUUUUUGAAGAAAAGUUUGCGCACUACGAACUGAAGUUCCCUGCUGCAAUGUUGGCUGCUCAAGUCAAAUCUGGCCUUCAAGGGCCACCAGGAAAAGAUGGACUACCAGGACCUCAAGGAGAGACUGGACCAGAUGGACCUAGAGGUUACAGAGGUCAGAAAGGUGAAAGAGGCGAACCUGGCAUCGAACUUCCUGGUGAGAGCGGUCCGCGUGGCCCCCCAGGUCUGCCAGGAUUGGGAACCCAAGGUCCUCCAGGAACCCCAGGCCCACGGGGCAUCACAGGCCCUGCAGGAAGUGAGGGAAGAUGUGAUCCUGCAGAUUGCUUCUUUCCUGCAAGCUUUCCACAAUCAUCCACACACCGAUAAAGUCCAUCCUUAACCAGGAACAGUUUCAAGGGUGGCAGUCUUUGAACUGUUGGUUAGCGCACUUUACAGUUUAACAAAGGAAUCCAGUUUCUACCUUUGCAAGUUGCAAAGAUGUAUGGGUUGUCACCUGAAUGCUGUUUGUGCCAAUGCAUCCACAUUCAGUCAGAGUCGUGCUCUCGCAGCCUGGCGGCUGAUGGUGGAUUAGUGAUUCAAUUGAAAAGGUGUUAUGUUGAGCAUGAGACACACAGCUGCUCCAGGUUUUUCACAUUUACAAAUCUACAAUUGUUCUCCAAUUUACAAAUCUACAGAUAGAAUUGUUCUCCAAUUCUGUUUCAUAGUCUUUGAACACAUCGAAUAGACAAUUCCCACAUAGUGUGGUGAUUUAAUUGGUAAAUGACUUUUCCAAGUAUUUUAGCUCUUUAAGCAUAUUUCAGUAAGAAAUAAAUGAUUUAAUAUAGAUGAUAACUGCGAUAGACAUCUAUCCCCAUCCCAUUCCACAAGCCUCCUCAGAUUAUUCGGAUACGGAGGAGGCCUUUGGAUCAGUGCUCCAGUCCCUGUGUUAUGAAGGACUAAACAAUCAGUCUCACACCCAUAGCUCUAGGAAAAAAAAGGACUCGUUUAUUACCGAUUUGAAAGUUUUAUUGAAUCUGCUUGCAUCCUCUAUUAAAUAUUAUUUUUCAUUAUUUAUUAUUAAAAUAUACCAAUACUUCUAGCUGAAAGCUUCAAUUAAGAAUUUCAAUUUACGAAUCCAUCUGAUCAAAACAUCAAACGGGUGAUGUUAACACGUAUUGCAUUAAAGAGCAAACAAUGCCUGCAUGAUUUUUUUCAUUUAUUUCCAUGAAUAACAAUUCGUAAUUUUAAUGUGAUCUGGUCAAUAGACGUGUUGAUGUUUUUUAUCAAUACACAUUACAUGGUGAUCUUUGUGAUUUUAUUGCUGGUUGGAUACAUCGCAUGACUAUUGAAUAGUACCAUCUCACGACCUUUAUUUUGAAGGAUAAGCCUCAAUGAAGAGCCUCAAAAGGAUAAUAAUGAAACCGUGUGGCAAUGUAGGUAAUUGUGUUUCUCCAUUGUAUUUUAAUAGUAUAUAAUUCAAAUGGUAAAAUAACAAGAAGCACUUAUUUUUGACAAACAUGGUAGUUUAACAUUAUUGUUAAUCAACUCACCGCAUUUGCAAUGUACUGGCACUAUUAGGGCUAGGAAGUAGUGGUAACUUUUAGAAUGAACUGUGUGGAACAAAUACUAUUCCAAACGGUGCUAUGUGUAUAUUUUGAGUUUUUAAUUUAACCAUGGCAAAAUUUAAUUUUAAGCAACUUGUACUGCCAGCUUUUAAAUACAUAUGUUGAUUCAAUUCAAAUGUAAUUAAAAAUGGCAGAUCUUAUUUUUUAUACAUUGUAAAAGUGCUAUUUUAUUUUCAUACACACUGUAAGUGUCAUUUCCUGUCCGAGAGCUGAACGGUUUGGUGCGAUGCAUGCACGAUGUACGCUACUGAGAUUAUUGAUUCAAAUUUAUUUAUGCUGGAUAUUUGACACUAAGUUUUUGUUUGUUUUAUAUUAACAAUUUAUUUGAACAAAAUGUAUAUGUUGUAAUUUAGAAAAAAUAUCUUCUGUGUUAGUUACGAAAUUAACUUCACCUGCUGUUGUGCACUGGUCCCAGUAUUUUUACAAAUGGAACAGCGGCAUAUUUAAUAUGUAUUGUUACUAGAAGUACCUCAUAAGAAGAGCAUUCCAUCCCAACUUAGUUUCUAACCAUAAUUUUCCUUUUAUUCUAAAUAAAAGUGAUGCACAGCA